CACUAGAUCCUGGCUGAGUUUCGCUGCAACAACCUCUGCGCUUCAUACUACAGACGGUCUGUAGAGCCGAGCCAACCACGCACCAGCCUACCUCGCAGACAGCGCGGGUCUGACACUGUUUAUUUCACCGAUGUGACAGCAGGAGCGUGUGAGGAAGAGCUGCUGUCGGGAGCCGAACUGCAGGUGGGCGCAGUUGGUGUUCUUCUGGAGGAUAGAUACAGCCGGACAUGGAUUAUUGGUGCCCGUGUUUACCGCUUUGGAUUUAGUUAAGACACCGCACAGCCCGGCGCCUUCCGUCUCUCCUCCCCCGGUGAAGUGAGUGCGCCAAGAACAGGUGGAUCCUGUUUGUGUGCUCAGCUUUAUCCCCCCUUUCAUCCACCUUUUAACCUUUAUGGGGAACCAGGUGGAGAAACUAACGCAUUUAAAUUACGCAGAGGUGCCAACGUCGGACCCAAAUGGGUUCGAUCCGGACGACGACGGACCGCGGAUCGGCGUCUCUUACAUUUUCUCCAACGACGACGGCGACGAUGACGACCAGGACGACCGUUUGGACCACUUUUCAUCGGUCAACCGCGCGGUGAACCAUGAGGAGAAGCCUUUCGACCCCCAGGACGAGCUGGAGUGCGCGAUUUACUACCGAGAGGAGUGCGUGUACGAGAGAACCAGCGGAACCGCGACGCACUCUGCGGAAAGUCUCCUGAACAAGUGCAGACCAGGAGACCUGCUGGAGUUUGUGGCCACUGGACAGUAUCCACACUGGGCUGUUUACGUCGGGGACUUCCAGGUGGUUCACUUGCACAGGGCUGAGAUCAAGAACAACUUUCUGACCGAUGUGAGCCUGGGCAAAAAAGGCAGGAUAGUGAACGGCCUCUACAGGUACCGUGCGCUCCCGCCCGAGGUGAUCGUGCGCAACGCCCUGGACCAUGUUGGGUCGAGAGACAGGGAGCUGUACUGGAGAAACUCGGAGUGUUUUGCCGCCUGGUGCCGCUUUGGAAAACGGGAGUUCAAAAUCGGAGGGGAGAUAAGGAUAGGAAAGCAGCCUUACAGGUUAAAAUUACUGUUUUCAGAGAAGAAGAGUCACGUCCUGGAGUUUCAGAGCCUGGAGGACGUGAUCAUGGAAAAGAGGAGGAACGAUCAGAUUGGCAAAGAUGCUGUGAUGCAAGAGCUGGCCAACCACCUGAACGCAACACAUGAAAUCAAAGAGGAGCGUUUUGUCAACUGAUAGUGGAUUCUGGGAUGAGGACUAGAGUUUUAGGUUAAAGGAGAUGUUCAAUUGCAAAUGUCCACUUUUCAUGCUUAAUAACGAAGCAUGUGUGUUGUCGGGGAGCAUUUAUCCCUCCAGUCAACCAGUAGGAGCUUUGUCUGUGGGCUUGGGUGCAUGUGCCAUACUGCAAACAAAAGUGAAUCUUAAGAGGGAGUUUAAAUUCAUCCUGAAUCUUUUUCCUUUUUUCCCCCCUCCAGAAUGAGAGGGAAAUCCCUGAGGUUUGCAGGUGACACUUGUUUAAUUCUCAAGUGCAUUAGUAAAGCAGAUCACAAGGGUCAAAACAAAAUUCCCACAAGUUGAUUAGCAUCGGAAGCAAGUUAAAAUUGCUCACAGCCAAAUUUCCUCUCUCUUUCUAAGAAAAGUGAGAUUUUGCACCCUCAAACCAAGAUGAAGUGACUUGUUAUGAUGGAUACAUUUGCAUCAGACGCUGCACCUGCAGUCUAAUCAUUUGGGGAUGAAGUCAGAAUUUAAUUGCCCAUAAUUAUCUUUCUAAUCCAAUGAAUCUUUGCACACAGGAGCAAAACCUCUCCAGUGUACUUCUACCUGACUGAAAGUGCUUGCUCCUUUACAGCUCAGGUGCUGGAGAUCAAUACAGAGUGGGAAGAGAGACAACUAUUUGUUUUUAUUACCGUGUGUCAACCUUGAGGACCCCCUUCUGUUGCUUUAUAUCCAAUCAUCACACAGCUUUACCCACUCUUUAACUACCUUGUGGACGCUGUUCACAGCUACAGGGACAGUGCACUUGUAUUGAUUCAUCUGUUUCAACAGUUUAUUUUUUUGGAAAAAAAAAGAUGUUUGUAUGAAGGAAUAAGGAAAUAAAUAUAUAUUUGAACAAGA